AUGGGCAAAGCAGGCAGAAUAGCCUGCAUCUUCACGCCAAUGGCGCUGACCCUCGCCUCCUUCAUCUGCCUCAUCCUCAUCGAAGUCGCCGGCUGGAACAAGGGCACCCUGACCUCCUACUCCUUCUUCCAAGCGAACCUCACCAACCUCACGGCGGGCAGCAGCUCCUCCAACUCCGUCAUCUCCCUCGCCAUCGACAGCGUCAAGUCCGACGGCAGCCUCGCCGAGGUCUACGACAUCUACCUCUCCAACUACUGCAGCUCCAACAGCACCGACGGCAAGCUCGACUAUUGCUCCAAGCGCGAGUCGCAGUUUGUGUUCGACCCGCUGGAUGUGUUUGGGUUCACGAUUACGAAUGGCACGAAUGCGACGUCGACGAGUUCGAGUGAUAAUGCGGUCGAGAGCGCGAUUAAUAGCGCGAAGGAUAAUAUUGAUGAUUAUGAGGAUGAGAUUUUGGGGAGUAGUGGACGCAAGGCGUUGAAUGCGUACAAGAAGGUUGCAAAAUGGAUGUGGAUCGCCUACCAAAUCUCCUUCUGGACCACCCUCGCGACCCUAAUCCUCGGCAUCCUCGCCAUCUUCUCCCGCUGGGGCAGCUUCAUCACCUGGAUCCUCAGCUUCGUCUCGUCGCUCUUCAACAUCGCCGCGGUGCUGACCUCGACCAUCCUCUUCGCCAUCCUCGUCUCCGCCCUCAACGAAGCCCUCAAAGACUACGGCAUCAAAUUCUCCCUCGGCCACCAAGCCCUCACCGUCACCUGGCUCUCCGUCGCCUUCUCCUGGGCCGCCACGCUCUUCUGGCUGUUCAGCGUGUGCUGCUGCUCGGGACGCUCGAACCCGCACCAUCGCAGCAACAAGGGCGGGCUGUGGAACGCCGCACCCAAAGACCCCUACGCCCGUGGCCGAGGUCUGCAGGUCGAGAAGACGGGUGGUUUCGCCGGGAACGGCUACCAGCGUGUUGCGUCGCCGUAUCAGGGCGGUCACGAUGACCAGGUGCCGCUGCAGGAGUACGGCCAACCGAACCCGUACUCGGCGCCUACUACCACCCACAACCAUCAGCACCAGGGUGUGGGCUUUGAGCCGUACAGACAUGCGUAA